AUGAAUAUUUACCCGGUGGUUCCUAUCUCUGAGGAAGAGUAUAAUAAGUGGUGCAAGCUGUGGAAUUUCUCUUUGAUUAUAACAGUGCUAGGAAGGAGAUACAAUCUGUAUGCUCUAAAAAGCCACCUCUCAAGACUGUGGGGAAUUUCAGAUUUCAAUCUGAUAGACCUACUCAACAACUAUUUUGUGGUGAAAUUCACGAGUCCUAAGUUCUGGAAGAGAUGGGCACUAUACUUUGACCCUUUCAAGAACUCUUUGGGUCAAAUUGUUACAUGGAUUAGAAUUCCUUAUCCCUGCUCCACAGAGACAAAAACAAAGAGAGCACUUUAUGCCAGAAUAUUUGUUGAGCUCGACUUACAUAAACAACAUGUACCCAGAAUCAUAGCAGCAAAUGAAGCGUUCAAUGUUGAAUACGAGGUAUUAAAACUAAUAUGUUUUGAGUAUGGCCGCUAUGGUCACAGAAGGGAGGCAUGCCCAUGGAAGAAAUGCAAGUCUGCCAAAGCUCGGGUUGUGAGGGAGAGAAACCAACGAGUAGGAUGGCCUGUGGGGGGAAAUGGUACAAAAGCGGUCAGAAGAGAAGACCUAACCUCUAUACCCUCUAGGUAUACUGCGUUGGCAGCGCUUGAAAAGGAAGAAGGGAUAAGGGAUGGAGAAAAUAGAGCUAGCGAAAAGGAGGUGGUUGGACUCCCUAUGCAAAGGAAUUCAGAGUUGGUGAUCUGGGAAAAGAAGAAGCCUAUGAAUGUGGGGAAAGAAAUGGCAGCAGGAAGACAAUUAGGUGGACCCCACAAGUCCUCUUCAAAGGCAAAGUCAAAAGGGGCCCAAAAAGCCCAAGGCAAGGAGAAUGAACGGCCCAAUAUGGGAAAGAAAAAUGAGACAGAUGGCAACACUAAGCCCAGUGAGCAAACUAGUGAUAGAAAGGACUAA